UUUCACUUCUGCUACUUCUUCAUCAUCAUCUUUAGCCAUCUCCUUCUCCUCUUCACCUUGUUUAUUUACUUCUACAACCUCUAACAUUAAAACGAAAUUUGUGGAUUUUCUUAAUAAAACCAAAAAUGAUUUAGAAACAAAAAUCUCCAAUUAUCAGCAGCAACAGCAGCAACAACAAUCUCAUCACAAUCUUCAUCAGCAAACGUCAUCGUUUUUACAGACCCAACAACAAAGAUCUCAAAUGAAUUUCUCUAAUAACUCAUAUACGUGUUCAAAUAACAAGCCACAAAAAAUAGCUGUCAAAGUCUUAAAAUCUCCACAAAAUCCCACAUAUCAAACGUCUCAGGAAUUUAAUAAUGUCUAUCAAACGGAUCACCAGCAGCAGCAUCAGCAGCAUGACUAUUAUCAGCAGCAUGAUUAUUAUCAGCAGCAGGAUCAUUUGCAGCAGCAGUAUCAACAAAAAGCUUUAAUGCCACCCUUAGAUCAUGCCACCCACAUUUUGGCUCAUCAGCAUCAUUGUAAGCAUCAUCAUAAACAUCAUAAUCACCAGCAUAAACAUCAUCGCCAUCAUCAACAAAAUAGCCAACAGCAACAGCAACAACAAAACUCUCCUCUACAACAACAGCAAUUCUUGCAACAACACUUGCAGCAGCAGCAACAGGAUUUAGUGAAAUCCUUGCAAACAGAAUUACAGUUUCAAUAUUAUGACAAGAAACCACCUACACCACAGAAAACCUCUUGCCACUCCUCACCCCACACGCCCAAACACCAGGGCCACGGCCAGGGCAAAAAGUCUGCAGCCUCGGAAACCAAAACACCCACCUCUACUUUAACGAAACCCAAGAAAUGGCGACGACCCUUCAGUUCGUAUCAUUCGUGUGAUGAUCUGGAUGCCACGAAUAAUGCCACCAAUCUGAACAAGUCCCAGCAGCAACAGCAAUCCAAUGAGAAAAUGGUGGUGGCCAGUUUGAAAUAUUUAUGUGCCUGCACAGGAGCUACAUUGAGGAAUUUGUCCAAGAAAACCAAAGAUUUGCAUAAGAAUAAUUGUUAUACAUAUAAUAAGCCCACGUGGCGCAUAUGGGGUGAGGAAAAGGAUACCGAUAUUAUUUAUACGGUUUAUUUGAAAAAGGUGUGCUAUCACCGGCCCACACCCUCAGCUGCAACUGCCGACUCCGAAGAUGACAUUUCCUAUUUGGAAUGGGAAAUGGUGCGUGUUCGCUUUGUCAAAGCCGCCACUUUGGAACGUCUAGUCGAGGCCUUGGCCACCGAUGAUGGCGAACUGGAGUCCACCUUCAUUAAUGUUUUCCUCAACACCUAUCGCACCUUCUCCACGCCCAAAGAGGUCCUAGGCCUCUUUGUCAAACGCUACAAUACGCUGUGCGAAAAACAACGUAUCGAGGAUUUGAAAAACAAAGACAAUGACGACUACGAUCGCUCCAAUUCCAUACACGAACAACACAAGAAAACCCUGAUGUCGGUGUGGAAAAUGUGGCUGAACGGUUUUCCCGAGGAUUGGAAUGAAGAGAAUCUGGAGGCUUUAAUUAAUUUCACCAGCAAAUAUCUGCCCAAUACAGAUCUGCAUUCUAGGGCCUUAAAUCAGCUGGAAAUGAUUUUACGCCAGCAGGUGUAUAGUAAAAAACAAUUACCCGCCUGGUUGGGUGAUCAGUUUGCCGAUCUGUAUUUGGCUCCCGAGUUUCAUGGGAGAGCUUGUUUUUUGGAAACCUAUCGUUUUCCUCGCAUUGAUGUGCGUCACUUUGCCGAACAGUUGACGCGCAUGGAUUGUGAACUGUUUAAGAAGGUGAUAUCGCAUCAGUGUUUGGGCGCCACUUGGUCGCGAAGAUCACAGGGCUGCUGUGAAACGGUGGUGGCCACCGUGACGCAGUUCAAUGAGGUCUUGUAUCGCGUGAUAACGAGUAUUUUGAUUGAGAGAGCUUUGGAACCUCUAGAUCGUGCUGUAUAUAUUUCUGUUUGGAUUGAUAUAGCUCAAGAAUUGAGAUUGCUAAAAAACUUCUCCUCGCUUAAAGCCAUCAUAACGGGUUUAAAUUCUUCGGCUAUUUAUAGAUUAAGUAAAAUCUGGUCGGUUUUGCCCAAAGAAAAGUUGGAAGUGUUUCAUGAACUGGCUCGCAUCUGUUCCGAGGACAAUAAUGCUUCAGUACAAAGAGAACUUUUAAUAAGAGAAGGUACAGCGAAAUUUGCCGAAACGGUGGGAGAAAAUGAUCGUCAUAUGCAAAAGAUUAUACAAAAACAAAGUACUCAAACCUCCCAUGGCACUAUACCUUAUUUGGGUACUUUCCUAACGGACUUGACCAUGAUUCAUCAGGCCAAUCCCGAUAAUGUGUGCGAAGACAAACUAAUAAAUUUCGAAAAGAAACGUAAGGAAUUUGAGGUGUUGGCCAAAAUAAAACUUUUACAAGGAGCAGCUAAUACCUAUAAUUUAGAUGAGGAUCCUUUGUUUAAUAGAUGGUUUUAUUCCAUGCCGGUUUUAACCGAAGAAGAUGCUCAUACUUUGUCGUAUCAAUUGGAGCCACCACCACCCACGGCUGCACGCAAAAGCACUACAUCCUCCAAUAUGUCUUCGGCCAAUUCUUCUAUAUUAGGACAUCGAAAAACCGAUUCCAUAGCCUCUAACUCUAGCAGUGGGGCGGGCUCACAAUUCUAUUGUGAGAUUAGUUCACACAACAGUUCCAGGCACAAUUCUCUGGACCGAGAAGCCCACAAUAAUCACAUGUCAGCUACCAGCAGUGUUUCGAAUUUAUCGCUGGACUCCAGUAAUUCAGGAGGCGGCAUAAACAAAUCGAAAAUGAUACACUCACACAGUUCAAAUGGUUUGCUGCGCAGCACACAUGGUUCCAGCACCAGCGGUUCACAUACACCCACCCACAUUGGCUCACCCCUCAUUAAUGCCCAAGUGGUUAAUUCACCGGGGGCCAAUGCUGAUUUUUAUAUAGUCAAAAUCACCUUGGAAACGGAAACCAUGCCCCAGGAUGGCAUUGUGGUGUACAAGAGUAUGAUGGUGAAGAACAAUGAACGCACACCCCAGGUGAUACGUAAUGCCUUAAUGAAACUGGGCAUAGAAGAUGAUCCGGACAAUUAUAUAUUGGCUCAAAGGCUGCCCGACAAAGAUGUAGAUUUGCCGCGCAAUGCCAAUGUGUUUUAUGCGGUGGUGGUGAAUAAGAAUUUCGAAUUGCGUUUCAUAUUGAAACCCAAUGCAGAGCGUAUGAAUGGCAUUAAUGGCACCGGCAGUCGCAGCAGUCGUGGCAGCAAUAGCUAAUGGUUAACAAAGACCCUGUAAAUAAUAAGGGGUCCGACUACGAUUGGUAAAUUUUUUUUUAAAUUUGUUAAGAAGUUUAACAAACGCAGCGCGUACAAACACAAACGAGGGUGCUUCUGAGGAUGAAACUAUUGGAAAUGAAAGGGAACACACAAAAUUUGGAAAUUUUCAAAAAGAGAAAAAACAGAGAUAUUAAAAAGAAUUAACGAAUCUUUAGUUAAGUAGUGAAGGCUUUAAAAGGAAAAGAGAAACAGCUAGCAAAUGGAGAACAUUAAAGGAUUUAUUAAAGAGACAUCAUUUUGGGAAAGAAAUUUGGGAAAUUAAUGAAUAGAGAGGCUUAACAAAUUGAAAAUUCCAAGUCCAUUUUGCAAAUUAAACUAAAUUUUAUUAAAUCCAUUAGAAAAUAGCUCAUAAUAAUGUAUUGAAUGAUUCUAUUUUGCUUCAAUUCUAAAAUUUCAAUUCAUUCAGGAAAUAUCAGUAGGGAAACUGUACUUACUAUUGACCCAGUCACCACUACUAGUGACUUAUUAUAACCCAGACAAUGCUAUUUACUAUAGACAUUUAUCAAUUAUUUAACAUUGGAAGUCUACCACUUACUGACGAUAGUACUAUUGACUAGGUACUUCUUUUGGCACCAUAUGUAGACAUUGGAACCAUACAUACACUAGUAAGUUUUAGUAAUUCUAGUCUAUACUUUUCUGAAGUAGAUGUCAAUAAUAAAACUCUACAUUUUGUUAAUAUUUGAUGUUGUUUUGAAAAAAUUAAAGAAAACAAAAAGGUACGAAUUCGUAAUAGUUGGAAGAUUCGUCUUCAAAUUCAUAUUUUUCGUUUUUUGCUCAUCAAAGACAAAGUAGUCGACAAAAACUGGUGACUUGAAGGCGCUUGUACCCAUUUUUACUUUAAACAAGGUUAGUUCUUUAUAAAAAGUAAGAAAAAUUAAAUCAAAACAUAAAAGAACCACCCCCUUUCCAAGGUUUCUUUGUGGAGUGGAGUGGUUAGUAUACUAACCACCGUGGCGGUGGGCAUUAAAAAUAAUUAUGAAACAUAUUUUCGUAUUGUAUUCAUUUACAACUGCGGUUUAUGAAAUGUUGUUCCCAUGAAAAAAUAUCCAUUUCCCUCGUAGGAAAAAUUGCUAUCGUGAUAUUCCCAUGAACUUUUCAUUCACAAUAGUUAAUUCUGUUCGUAACAGCUGUUUAUUGUUUACAAAAUUCCAUCUAAAAAUUUCACAACAAUGGGAAUUUUUUUCACGUGAACAAAAUUGAUGAACGAAAAAUGGGAGAAGGGAAAAUAUUUCAUGUGAAAUAUUGAUUCGCGAUAGGGGAGAAUAUAUUUAUCUAACUAGAGCAACCUGACGGCAAAGUUUUGCAAAAAAAAAUUAUUUGUUUAGCAAAAUGCCAAUAGAUGUCAAGAAACUAUGUUUUAAUAACUAAAGAAAAGGUGGUUAGAAAAGUGACCACUAAACUGCAAAGAGUUAUUUAAACCAUAAAUUAAUUCUAUUUAAAUAAAAAGCCUUUGAAUAAAAUAAACCUUAGAAUGAAGCUAAAGAAUUAGAUGUUGGGCAGGGAUUUAUGGCAUGAUUGACUAUUUUUUACUACCGAAUUAGGAUUUUCAUGCACUAAGCUCAUAAUUAAUUAUGUAUUUAAUUCGAAGCUGUGUUUUAAGCUAUUUUUAUAAAAAAAAUUAAAAAUAUUUUUAAAAUUUUUAGAAAUUUUCAAUAGAAAAUUUUGACAAUCUUCUUUAAUUCUAAAAUAUUUAAGCAAUCUUUACAAAACAUUGUGUAUUAAUAGAUCAGAUUUUUAGCUUUUAGAAUAUUGUUAACAGAGUCAUACAAUUCCAGCACAAAAUGAGCCACAGUGUCUCCAACCUCAUCAUCUUUACAAGAAGACAAAUUGAAAUAUUUAAUUUUACAAGACUUGUUUAAUUCCAAAGGAUUGAGCCGAUUUUGACAAAACUUUGGUUAUUAAUAGAGCAGGACAUUAGCUUUUCAAAUCUUGUUAACAGAGUUAUUAAAUUUCAACACAAAAAUUUAAACUGACCAUUACGGUUAAGUAAGAAAAUUUUAAAUAUUAAUUUCAAAUUAAUUUCAAACUAUUGAGCCGAUCCUGACAAAACUUUGCCUAUUAAUAGCGAAGGAGUUUAGCUUUUCAAAUCUUGUUAAAAGAAUUAUCAAAUUUCAACACAAAUUUCAAACUACUUUGGCUGCCGAAGACAAUUUUAAAUAUGAAAUAUUCAAAAUUUUUCAUUAAUUCUAAAAAUCUUUACCGAUCUUUACAAAACUUUGCCUAUUAAGAGAGCAGGACUUUGUUUACAGAGAUAUCAAAAUGAGAAACAGUGUCCUUAACGUAAAUGGUUAAGCAUGACAAUUUGAAAUAUUAAAUUUUUGCAAGUCUUCUUUAAUUCCAAAGGAUUGAGCCGAUUUUGACAAAACUUUGGUUAUUAAUAGAGCAGGACAUUAGCUUUAAAAGUAUUGCUAACAAAAAUAUCAAAUUUAAACAUAAAAUGAGCCAUAUUGUCUCCAAAACUAACCCUUUAGGGUAAGAAAGUCAAUUUGAAUUAAUAGAUUUUAGAAGUCUUCUUUAAUUCCAAAGGAUUGAGCCGAUCUUGACAAAACUUUGGAUAUUAAUAGCGAAGGAGUUUAGCUUUUCAAAUCUUGUUAACAUAGUUAUUAAAUUUCAAUUCAAAAUGAGCCACAGUAACCCCAAACUAACAUUUAGAUUAAGAAAGACAAUUUGAAAUAUUAAACUUUUCCAAGUCUUCUUUAAUUCCAAAGGAUUGAGCCGAUCUUUGCAAAACUUUGCCUAUUAAUAGAGCAGGACAUUAGCUUUAAAAGUAUUGCUAACAAAAAUAUCAAAUAUAAACACAAAAUGAGCCACAUUGUCUCCAAAACUAACCCUUUAGGGUAAGAAAGUCAAUUUGAAUUAAUAGAUUUUAGAAGCCUUCUUUAAUUCCAAAGGAUUGAGCCGAUCUUCACAAAACUUUGCCUAUUCAUAGAUCAGGAGUUUAGCUUUUAAAAUAUUGAUAACAAAGUUAAUAAAUUUAAACAUAGAAUGAGUCAUAGUGUCCUAAAUUUGACCAUAUCGUUUAAGGAAACAAUUUCAAAUAAAAAACUUUAACAAUUCUUGAUAACAUCUAAACUACUGAAGCGAUCUUUACAAAAUUGUCCAUAUUGAUUGAGAAGCAGUUUAGCUUUUGAAAUAUUGUUAACAAAGUUAUCAAAUUUCAUUACCAAUUGAGCCUUAGUGUCCUCAAUCUGACCACCUCGGUUAAGGAAUACAAUUUGUAAAAAGAAAAUUUAAAAAUUUGUCUUUAAUUCUAAAAAGCAGAACCGAUCUUUACAAAUCUUUGCCUAUAAAUAGGGCAGGAAUUUAGCUUUUAAAAAUGAACACAGAGUCCUUAAUAGGACCACUUCGGUUAAAGAAAACAAUUUGAAAUAUGAAACUUUUACAAAUUUUCUUUAAUUCUAAAGUAUUGAAGCGAUAUUUACAAAACAUAGACUAUUAAUAGCGAAGCAGUUUAGCUGUUGGAAAAUUUUCAACACAAAUCGGGCCAUAGUUUCCUAAAUCUAAUCAACUCCGUUAAGGAAAACAAUUUGAAUUAUGAAACUUUUACAAUUCUUUAUUAAUACUAAACUUUUGAAGCGACCUUUACAAAAUUUUGGCCUAUGAAUAGAGGAGUGUUAACUCACAUUGAGAAAUUUGUAAAUUUUUUAAAAAAAUUUCUUAAAUUUCCAAGAAUUUUAAAGAUGUUUUAGUUUUAAAUUUGUUUAACAUUUUCCAAAUGCCUAAAUUUUUAAAAAAAAUUUUAAAACAUAGAUAAAUACACAUAAAUUGGAAACUCUGCUAACACAGACCUAACUCAGUUGUCAAAAACAUAAGUGGUGAGAAUGUAUUUGUAAAAAAAAACUAUGGGCCGGAUUCAGAAACACGAAAGUAAAACAAUUUUAAAAUUUUUGUAUGGAAAUCACUCAGUUUUUAAAUAAUUUUUUAGUGAUUUUAAUACAAAAAAAUUGAAAAUUGUAUUUCUUUCAAGUUUCAGAAUCAGGCCCUGUCUGAACAAAAAAACAUUACUCGUAUUAGUUUCCGCUCUAUGGUUUAAAAUUUUAUAAAUUUUUUUCUUAAAUUUUUUUUAGAAAAUGAUGUUGAGUUUAAUAUUUUCAAUUUCUAUUUUUAAUGCUGUUUAAAAUUUUCCUAAAGCUUUUAAAUUUCUAAUUGUAUAUAACUAAUUUAUGAAUGAAAUAAUCUCGAAACUAAUUUAUUUUUAAAUAACAAACCUAAAACAUGACACAAUUUCUACAA